AUGGCUUCCUCCUUCUUCUUCCUAACGUUGCUUCUCCUCGCCGCUAUCUCCGCCGUCACCCCCUGCCCGCCGUCAGAACGAGCAGCACUCUUGUCCUUUAAAGCUGCCCUAACUGAACCCUACUUCGGCUUCUUCAACACAUGGACAGGCACUGACUGCUGCCGGCACUGGUACGGCAUUGCCUGCGACCCCACCACCGGCCAGGUCACCGACGUCAACCUCCGCGGCGAGUCCCAGGACCCAAUGUUCCUGAAAUAUGGCCGCUCCGGUUACAUGACCGGAAAAAUCUCGCCGGAGAUUUGCUCUUUGAGCAACCUCACCUCCCUCGUCGUCGCCGACUGGAAGGCGGUUUCCGGCGAAAUCCCUACCUGUAUCACGUCACUCGCCUCCCUUCGAAUCCUGGACCUCGCCGGAAACCGUAUCACUGGCAAGAUUCCAACUGACAUCGGAAACCUCUGGAAUCUCGCUGUAUUGAGUCUGGCUGACAAUGCAAUCUCCGGCGAGAUUCCGACGUCGAUUGUGAACCUGGCCAGACUCAUGCAUCUCGAUCUCAGCAACAACCAACUGAUUGGUGAGUUACCCUAUGAUUUUGGAAAACUUGUCAUGUUGAGUAGAGCAUUGCUCAGUGGGAACCAGUUAACCGGUUCGAUUCCCAAAUCCGUUUCCCAAAUGAACCGGCUUGCGGAUUUGGAUGUGUCAUCGAACCGGUUAACCGGGUUGAUUUCGGUUGAGUUGGGAAAAAUGAAGGUUCUCUCUACUUUGAAAUUGGAUGGUAACUCCAUGACGGGUCCAGUACCCUCCACUUUGUUGAGCAAUACGGGUAUGGGUAUCUUGAACCUUAGCCGAAAUGGGUUUUCCGGUACCAUACCCGAUGUUUUCGGGGCGGGUUCUUAUUUCAUGGUCCUAGAUUUGUCGUUCAACAACUUCUCGGGUCGGAUACCCGGUUCGUUAUCGGCAUCCAAGUUUAUGGGGCAUUUGGAUCUGAGCAACAACCACCUAUGUGGAACCAUCCCAAUCGGGUCUCCCUUUGAUCAUAUUGAUGCGGCGUCGUUUAGCAACAAUGAUUGUUUGUGCGGAAACCCGUUAAAGACUUGUUGA